AUGGAACAGUCUCUUCAUGCGCAUGUGAUGCUCGUAUCUUUCCCAGGCCAAGGCCACAUAAACCCUCUUCUUCGUCUUGGAAAGCUUCUAGCCUCUAAAGGCUUAAUAGUCACCUUUGUCACCACAGAGCAUCCAUGGGGCAAGAAGAUGCGUCAAGCCAACAAGAUUCAAGACGGCGUGCUCAAACCGGUUGGUUUAGGUUUCCUCCGGUUCGAGUUCUUCAACGACGGUUUAGCCGACGACGACGAAAAAAGACUCGACUUCCAUGCCUACCGACCACACCUUGAACUUGUCGGAAAACGAGAGAUCAAGAAACUCGUCGAGAGAUACGAGAAGGAACCGGUGACGUGUCUUAUAAACAACCCUUUCGUGUCGUGGGUAUGUGACGUGGCCGAUGAGCUUCGAAUCCCUUCGGCUAUUCUAUGGGUCCAGUCUUGUGCUUGCCUCACCGCGUAUUACUAUUACCACCACCGGUUAGUUAAGUUUCCGACCAAAACCGAACCGGAGCUUAGCGUUCAAAUCCCCUCCUUGCCGUUACUGAAGCAUGACGAGAUCCCAAGCUUUCUUCACCCUUCCUCUCCAUACGCAGCUUAUGGAGAAGUCAUUUUAGACCAGUUCAAGCGACUCGAAAACCACAAGCCUAUCUCUAUUUUCAUCGACACUUACCAAGAACUAGAAAAAGACAUCAUCGACCACAUGUCACACCUCCUCCCUCAAGUCAGCAUUAGCCCUGUUGGUCCGCUAUUAAAGAUGGCUCAAACCAUAAGCUCUGACAUUAAGGGAGACAUAGCCGAGCACGCGGGUGAGUCCAUUGAGUGGCUUGACUCGAGAGAGCCAUCUUCCGUCGUUUACAUCUCUUUUGGGACUGUGGCUCACUUGAAGCAAGAACAGAUCGAUGAGAUCGCUCAGGGACUUGUAAUCUCUGGCUUGUCUUUCUUAUGGGUUGUGCGGCCUCCCAUGGAAGGAUUAGGAGUAAAACCAUAUGUUUUGCCUCGAGAGCUUGAAGGGAAGGGUAAGAUAGUGGAAUGGUGUCCACAAGAGAAAGUGUUGGCUCAUCCCGCGAUUUCUUGCUUCCUAAGUCACUGCGGAUGGAACUCAACGAUGGAGGCUUUGUCUUCUGGAGUUCCCGUGGUUUGUUUUCCGCAGUGGGGAGAUCAGGUGACGGAUGCCGUGUACUUGGUUGAUGUUUUCAAGACAGGAGUGAGACUCAGCCGUGGAGCGUCUGAGGAGAAGAUUGUGUCGAGGGAGCUAGUGGCGGAGAAGCUUCUUGAGGCCACCGUUGGAGAGAAGGCAGUGGAGCUGAGGGAAAACGCUCGGAGGUGGAAGGAGGAGGCGGAGGCCGCCGUGGCGAGCGGUGGAUCAUCUGAUUUGAACUUUAACGAGUUCGUGGACAAGUUUGUCACGGAACCUGUGGCGAGAAAAGACGACGGAAAACACUAA